AUGUUCAGUUGGAUGGGGAAGGAGAGCGGCUCUGGCCGUCAGCAGCAGGAUGUUCACCAGACGGUGACGGGCGGCCUGCAGGCUCUGUACACCGGGAAGCUGCUGCCUCUGGAGGAACAUUACCGCUUCCAUGAGUUCCAUUCCCCGGCGCUGGAGGAGGCCGACUUCCAGAACCGGCCCAUGGUGCUGCUGGUGGGACAGUACAGUACCGGGAAGACCACCUUCAUCAGAUACUUACUAGAACAAGAUUUUCCAGGAAUGCGAAUUGGACCAGAGCCUACAACAGAUUCGUUCAUUGCUGUCAUGUACGGUGAAAAAGAAGGAAGCAUUCCAGGAAAUGCAUUGGUUGUCGACCCAAAAAAACCCUUUAGAAAACUAAAUAGUUUUGGAAAUGCCUUUCUGAACAGGUUUAUGUGUUCACAGUUGCCCAAUCAGGUUCUCCAAAGUAUCAGCAUCAUCGAUUCUCCUGGAAUCCUCUCUGGAGAGAAGCAACGUAUUAGCAGAGGGUAUGACUUCAGCCAGGUCUUGCAAUGGUUUGCAGAACGGGUUGAUCGGAUUAUUCUUCUCUUUGAUGCCCAUAAACUGGAUAUAUCUGAUGAGUUCUCAGAAGCUAUUAAAGCCUUUCGGGGUCAAGAUGACAAAAUUCGUGUGGUGCUCAACAAGGCUGACCAAGUGGAUACCCAGCAGCUGAUGAGAGUCUAUGGUGCCCUCAUGUGGUCGUUAGGAAAGGUUAUUAACACCCCAGAAGUGGUCCGUGUUUACAUUGGCUCAUUCUGGGCAAAGCCUCUGCAGAAUACGGAGAACCGGAAACUCUUUGAAAUGGAAGCCCAGGAUCUCUUCCGGGAUAUCCAGAGCCUGCCAAGAAAUGCUGCCCUCCGAAAACUAAAUGAUCUGAUUAAGAGAGCUCGCCUUGCUAAGGUGCAUGCUUAUAUCAUCAGUCACCUAAAGAAAGAGAUGCCAGCCAUGUUUGGAAAAGAUACAAAGAAAAAGGAGCUCAUUAACAGACUGCCUGAAAUCUUCCACCAAAUUCAGAGAGAACAUCAGAUUUCCCCAGGGGACUUUCCUGAUGUCAAGCGAAUGCAGCAACAGCUGGAGUUAUAUGACUUUUCAAAGUUUCACGCUCUGAAGCCCAAGUUGAUUGAGUCUGUAGAUAACAUGCUAGCCAACAAAAUCGCUCCUCUGAUGAGUAUGAUACGGGAGGAAGAGAGCAGUAUGCCACCCACAGAUGGUGCAUGGUGGCGCUUUUGAGGGCACCAAUGAGGGUCCUUUUGGCCAAGGUUAUGGAGAAGGAGCUGGUGAGGGUGCUGGAGAAGAAGAAUGGGUGGUGGCCAGAGAUAAACCUGUUUAUGAUGAAAUCUUUUAUACCCUCUCACCGAUAAAUGGCAAGAUCUCCGGAAUUAAUGCCAAGAAAGAGAUGGUGAACUCAAAGUUGCCAAAUACCGUUCUGGGAAAAAUCUGGAAGUUGGCUGAUAAUGAUAAGGAUGGAAUGUUGGAUGAAGAGGAAUUUGCCUUGGCAAAGCAUCUUAUUAAGAUUAAACUGGAGGGCUAUGAGUUGCCCAACGACCUACCUCCUCACCUCAUACCUCCAUCUCAGAGGAAGCCAGUCUAUGACUCUGAGUGA